AUGAACGGCAGGUGUGAGGCCGGUUGUUUGGAGGGGUAUGAGGGAGAUGGUUGUCACAAAGCUAUAGCUAAGUUGAGAGGGAAAUAUAAGUUGUUGCAAGAUAAACGGAGACGUAGGCGACAGGCAAAUAAUUGUGCAGGUGGGACAAAUGACCCUGCAACAGGUGCCUGUACAGGGGGCUGCGUCGCUGGAUACGCCGGAGCAGAUUGCAAUGAAGAGUGUAUACACUGUGGUGGUACCGGAGCUUGCCACCAAACUACACAUAUAUGUACCGAGAGUUGUGCUGCAGGUUAUCACGGGGAACAUUGCUCUCAUACCUGCGUCAACUGUGGAGGGAACGGCGCCUGCGACAGGACUACAGCCGCCUGUCAAAACGGAUGUAGCAGCGAUUUCCAAGGCGAGCGCUGUCUCGACCCAAAGAAGCCUUGGUACAAGAACAUCUACUACAUUAUAGCGGGACUCAUGGUCUUUAUGGUCAUUCUUUUGCUCAUUCUCUACUUCUGUUGUCGGAAGGCUGUCUACGUCAAGAGGGAGAUCAAAGAUAUCCCGGAUGAUAAAAAGGACGACGACAUUACCGGGAAGGGGUCAGCAAAAAAAAAGAAACAAGGCUCAUCGGGAAAGGACGAGUCGGGAACGGAAGAACCGGCAAAGGAAGAACCGGUAAAAGAAGAACCGGCAAAGGAAGAACCGGCAAAGGAAGAAAAGGAAAAAGAGAGUAAGGAGAAGAAAAGAAAGGAAAAGGCAGGGAAGGAAAAGGAAGGAAAGGAGAAGGGUGUAGAAAAAGAACCAAAAACAAAACCGGAGAAAAAGGAGAAAACGAAAUCCGCCAAACCAGAGAAAAAGCAACAGUCCGACGAUGCCAGCGUCAGGAGCUAUAAACCCCCAGCGAAAGGUAAAGACAAGGACGCCGGAUCAGUCUCGUCGUCCGUUGAUAAAUCCGACGUGUCGUCCGAGGCAGCCCCCGCCCCAGCUAAACCACCCCCCAAAGCUAAACCCCCGCCCGUCAAGCCAAAGAAAAGGGCGACGUUCAAGGAUGUGCCCCCCUCGCCGCCAUCAGAAGAGGAAGUUGUUGUCGCCAUCCCAAAGCUGAAAUCCUCGGCGCCCCGGGAGGUGAAGCCUCAAGGCAUCGGGGUGAGAAUUCGGAAGAUGAGCGAGAGGUUUUGGAUACAGAAGGAGUGGGGGGAGACAGAGGACGGGAGGUCGUACAAGAAAGAGAAAGAGGAAUAUGAUUUUGAUGAAUAA